CGUCAAUUUGAAGUUCUAUGGUCUAUAGGUAAAAACUCGGUUUUUCGGAAAUAAGCUUCUAUCGACUUCAACUUUCAUUUUAACCCAAAACAAACAUUGCCACGAUAAUCAGCACACUCGAUUACCUGUGUCUCAACACUUUUCCAGGUUCUUUACCGCGUCCGGACAAAGACAGUUAGGACAGCGGAAAACCUUUAUAACUCCUGAACCACGAGAGACAGCGAGCUGGGACUAGUCUAGUCCUGUAGAACUUGAGUUGAGCGAUCUUUUCGACGUCUAGGAAUUCAAAAUCCGAAAAUUUUAUAGUGGUCGGAAAACUCUUACAAAAUGUCCACGCAAGGUACACCACCUGAAAGUGCUCGAAAAAACUGGGUUAUUUCACCUGGUAUAAAUUUUCACGCGGUUCUUGUAUGUUACUCUGAAAACUAACACAGCAUGGUCGAUAAGCUAUGUUUUCAUGCGUUUCUGAAAGCCCCAGAGCGAACAAUAGAGAAGUCCUUGGGCUGUGGAAAAAACGUCAGAAAAUUCAACCAAAAAACGUUUCUAUCUGUGAAAAUAUAGGCUAAAGUGUCCUCCUCCGACCGCAGGCCCCUAUCUUUUACGGUCUUUGAGUUAUUCUAAAAAUAACAGGCUGUCUUUUAUUUUGGCACCCACAACAAUAACUCGCAUCGAAACUCGAUACUUCGAAAAACCGGAUUAUAAUAACUUCUUACAAAUAACUUUUGAAAAAGUAAAUAUAAGGUUUUAUAGCGCUUGAAAAUCUCUGUCGAAUGAGAUAUUACUUCACGACUUUCAACAAAUCGUUAAUUUAGAAGUAAAAGUGUAAGCUAACAGAGUAAUGCUAAUUAGCAUUACACAGUACUAAUUAAUUAUACAUUGAUACCUUGAAAGUAUUUUCUUUUCCAUUUUUUUCAUGAAACUAUAACUGUAGAUUGUUGGGCAGCAAACUACGCUAAAACGAGGUUUCCACGACUAGUUUUGACUAAGCUGUACGCUUUUUAAAAAUAGGCCUUGCAAUUAAAUUUUUAAAAUGUAGUAAGAUUUUACUUAAUUUAUAACUCCGUGAAUACUUACCGAGUCUCCGAAAACAAUUCAGGAUAGAUACAAUCAAGUCGUCUCUACAAUCUGAGAGGGUUUAAUAGUACGUCUUGUGGAGGUUCGCUCCCCUAAAGAGCCAUCUCGUACAAACGGGGACAGACACUGCUCAAACGUAUAUCACCCAACAGUUCGAACGAGUCAUAAAAAGAAAAAAAAGACAUUUCUGAGUAAAAUGGCGUUUUCCGCUUGAAAAAAUAUUGCUUGGUUGGUCAGAUUUGAACAUUUUAAAAUUUCGACCAACUUUUGAAAAAUGCGUAUUGCUCAUAUCUCGGCAAUCAUACACGAUAAAGAGCUCAAAUUGUUUACGUAAAUAGAAUCGAUAGUUUUCUUCGAUUCGAAACAAGCUCGACUCCUGUGCAGCGACGUAGCCAGGAGUUUUAGGAGGUUGGGCACAAAACAUUUUUAAUCGAUUCAAUUUUUUUCCACUGUUUUAGCUCUUAUGGUCGUAUUAUUGUUUGCGGUUGUUGUGGUAGGAAAUGGCGGUCGUAAUGGUGGCGGAGAUUCGAUUGAUCAUGAAAUGAACAAUGUCGAGCGAGAGAUGUAG